AUGCUGCGCCUUUCACCGCGCCCUCUUCACCUCGCUAGAACCGGCGUCUCGACCCGCCCGCAACCACAACUCUUCCCCAGCCAGCUUCCGCGCCUCAUCCGAGCCCCACCACCUAGUCUGUACUGGACGGGUCCACCCGCCUCGUCUCUUCCAACAUCAUCCGCUUUCUCAACCCGGGCCGGACUGCUCACCACAAAGCCCCGGCGUUCCAAAUCAGAUGAGGAGAAAGGUGACGAGGUCUAUGAGAAACCUCCUUCUGUGAGCUUGGAAUCUCUGGGAAUCAGUCGGAAUGUAAAGGUGUUCGUGAUUAUCGUGCUGGGGAUCUUUGGUACGAUCGAGACGUGGUUUUGGUGUAAGGCGGCGUGGGUGUGGUGGAAGAAUCGAUUUGGGGAUGGCAGAGGGACUACAGAACGGAGAUAG